ACUCAAAGAACAAAGAACCGAUGGUAUUGGGAACUUGAUAUGCGACACCGAGGGCCGAGGACAAUUCUACAUAGGUCAAUAAAAUAGAUGUGUGGCCAUCGACAACAUGGAGGAAAUACAAUGCAGAGAGACAGGACAGCCUGUGACCCCAUCUCGCAUCCAGGAGCCCACAUUCCUCGUCGUGUCUGCAGAUUCAACGCCGUCCAGCGUACAUGAUGCCAUCUUUGGUACUUCGGACUGGAUGACAUCAUCACGAGAAUCCCACCAUCCAGACUCUCUCGUACGACUGUGCAGGGCGACUUGUGUAUUCCCAGUUCUCGGUAUUAUUUCUCCAGUAUCCCAGACAGACUAGAUCGUUUUGUCAUCACACUAGUAAUCGCCCUUUUGGCGAUGCUGCGGCGUUUCCUUUGAUCAGACUCUCUUCUCUGCCCCUCUCACUCUCCCCCCCCC